AUGACCGACCUCACCCGAUACGACGUUCAGUCCGCCUCGGAUCCUAAGAAGACCUUCAAGACAAUCAACAAGAAGUGGGAAGAACAUCUCAAGAAGAAGGCAGAAGAGCGAUUGGCGGAAGAGAAUAACAAUGCGCAUGGCGAACCCGUGUGGCUGCCGCUCUGGGCCUUCAAAGGCGAGCUGCGGCACUGGCUGCUGCUCACGCACCGCUACAAGUAUGAAUUGAGGAGGAAGCGACGGCCCAAUCCGAUAUCUGAAGAAGAAGUCGGUAACGAUCGACCUUCUGCUAUGGAAGAGACAACAGAGACCGACGGCCUUGUCGAACCUAUCGAAGAUGUAACCAAUACAUCGGGUUUCGGCAAGUUCUACGAAGCCGCCACCCGCCAGUACUCGAACUACGCAUCAGACAUGGAGCAGCGGGAUGAAUCGAUUGGAACUCGGGCAAAACCUGAAGUCCGAACCAAAGGCGGCCUCGUCAUCGUGGUGCUCAUCGGGUGGACGAACAAGACAAAGGACCAAGUUGACGAGGCAUUCCGGCAGGUCGAGAGGGAUUUUGGAGAUUACCAUCUAACACGCAACAACUGCCAGCACUUUGUGCGGAACCUAGCCGACCUUAUCGUCACGAAGCCAUCGCAGGAUUGGGAUUGGUUUCGGAAGAUGUCCUUCAAACAUCACGAGGAGUACGUGGGCCCGCAAACUUUGGGAACCCCUGGAGGGCUUUCUCGGUUGUUGUCGGAUAAGCUGGAAGCUUUGAGGGACAGCGGGACAAUUACUGACCAUGUUGCCUUGAGGGUACUGGACGGCCACAUUGAAGCACUCAAGCUGUACCUGAUGACUUUGCGGCUGGAAGUCAGUAAUGUUUGCAUUGCCAACGCAUGGAGAGGAGGACAAAUUGUUGCUGCGGACCAAGCUUUGCUCAUGACCUAA